AGUAUAGAACUUAAGCCUUAGCCUACCAUUAAUACUUUCUAUCACCAUCCCCAAACUCUUACACAAAAAUGGGGUCCGUUGCAACUGAGAAGCCUCAUGCCAUAUGCAUCCCAUUCCCAGCACAAGGCCAUGUCAACCCUAUGAUGCAACUAACGAAGCUUCUUUACUCAAGAGGCUUCGAUAUCACCUUUGUCAACACAGAAUUCAACUACAAACGCCUCCUCAAAUCCAAGGGUCCUGACGCUGUCAAGGACUCCCCCGGUUAUCGAUUCAGAACCAUCCCCGACGGAGUCCCACCCUCGAAUCCUGAUGCCACCCAGAGUGUCACCGAGCUCUUGUACUACACUACGAAACACAGUGUGGUUCCCUUGAGGGAACUCAUACAAGAGCUCAAUUCCAUGGAGGAUUCGCCUCCGGUGAGUCUCGUCAUUUCGGAUGGGCUUAUGUGCUUUGCCAUUCAGGUUGCUAGAGAGCUUGGCAUUCCAGAAGCUCAGUUCUGGACUGCCUCUGCCUGUGGCUACUUGGGCUAUCUUCAGUUUGGAGAGCUUGUCAAGAAAGGCAUUUUCCCACUAAAAGAUGAGAAAGACAUCACCAAUGGCCAUCUAAACACUCCCAUAGAUUGGAUACCAGGAAUGCCACACAUGAGGCUCAAGGACAUGCCAAGCUUUGUCAGGAGCACGAAUCCCGACGACAUCGCCUUCAACAGAUGGUUGGAAGAGGGAUUGGACAAUUUGAAAUGCGACGCGUUUAUCUUCAACACAUUCGAUGAAUUUGAAGAGGAGGUUUUGGCUGCAAUUUCAUCCAUAAAGCCAAACAUCUACAAUGUUGGCCCUCUCGCAUUGCUCUCCCAAAGCUUGCCUAAGAAUGAAGUGAACUCCAGAGAGUCCAGCCUCUGGAAAGACAACACUCAAUGCCUUGAUUGGCUUCACAAGCAAAAGCCCAAUUCAGUGGUUUAUGUCAACUUUGGCAGCAUUGCUGUCAUGACAGAGGACAACUUGAAAGAAUUCGCGUGGGGGCUCGCGAAUAGUGGACAUCCAUUCUUGUGGAUUGUCCGGCCUGACCUUGUGAUGGGCCAUUCAGCAACCUUGCCGGAAGGGUUUGUGGAGGAGACUAAAGGGAGAGGUUUGAUUGAGACUUGGUGUCCACAGACUAAAGUGCUGGCACACCCUUCUUUCGGAGUAUUUCUAACGCAUAGUGGGUGGAAUUCGACUGUGGAAGGGAUCUGUGGAGGGCAGCCUAUGAUCUGCUGGCCAUUUUUCGCAGAGCAGCAAGUGAAUUGUAGGUAUGUUUGCACCACAUGGGGGAUAGGCAUGGAGAUUGAUAGUGUUGUGAAGAGAGAACAAGUUGAAAGGCUUGUGAGGGAAAUGAUAGAAGGAGAGGAAGGGAAAAAGAAGAGGGAAAAGGCCGAGGAUUGGGAAAAGAAAGCUAAACAGUCUGUCCUUGAAGGAGGAUCAUCCUACAACGCUUUCAAUCGGCUUGUGGAUAACCUUCUGCAACUGUCAUAUGAUCAUGGUUAUAAAAAGUCCAGGUGAAAUGUCACCCGUGACACCAAUCCUUGCAAGCUUGUUCGAGUUUGGAGUCUAUUUAUACUUCGAAUCUUUGGACAGGGUUUGAGGCCUGGUAUCACCAAGUACCUAGUUCUUAAGUAAGUUUGCUGGAAGACUAGUUAUGGAUAGUGUUUGUGAUACACGAUGUGCAAGAAAAUGUGGAAACAAAUAAUCAAGUGUUGCUUCAGUAGUAGGUGUAUCUGUGUUUUACUGAGCUGGCUCUUCAACAUUAGAGGCCUAGUAGUGUUCAAGUCAUUUGUUUAAGAUGAUAAAAGCAAAGUUGCCCAUGUAAUUUACUCUGUCUAGAGAUGUCUGGUACCUACUAAAUAAAUGUCAUGCAUCUUGUGUUCACUUCUAAUACACAAGCCUUGUUUUUAUAUCA